UGGCUGGAGGUGGAGGCGGCGGCGGCGGCAGCAACGACUUCCAGUGGUGCUUCUCCCAGGUGAAGGGGGCUAUCGACGAGGACGUGGCGGAAGCUGAUAUUAUUUCAACAGUUGAAUUUAAUUACUCUGGUGAUCUUCUUGCAACAGGAGACAAAGGUGGCAGAGUGGUUAUAUUUCAAAGGGAACAAGAGAAUAAAAGCCGUCCUCAUUCUAGGGGAGAAUAUAAUGUUUACAGUACCUUUCAGAGUCACGAACCUGAGUUUGACUACUUGAAAAGUCUAGAAAUUGAGGAAAAAAUUAAUAAAAUUAGGUGGUUACCACAACAGAAUGCUGCUCACUUCCUGCUGUCUACAAAUGAUAAAACUAUUAAAUUAUGGAAAAUAAGUGAAAGGGAUAAAAGAGCCGAAGGUUAUAAUUUAAAAGAUGAAGAUGGAAGACUUAGGGAUCCUUUCAGAAUCACAGCACUACGGGUGCCAAUAUUGAAACCCAUGGACCUAAUGGUAGAAGCAAGUCCCAGAAGGAUAUUUGCAAAUGCACAUACUUAUCACAUAAACUCUAUUUCAGUAAAUAGUGAUCAUGAAACAUACCUUUCUGCAGAUGACCUAAGAAUUAACCUAUGGCAUUUAGAAAUCACAGAUAGAAGUUUUAAUAUUGUAGAUAUUAAGCCUGCUAACAUGGAGGAGCUGACAGAAGUGAUUACUGCUGCAGAGUUCCACCCUCAUCACUGUAAUGUGUUUGUCUAUAGUAGUAGCAAAGGAACUAUUCGACUCUGUGACAUGCGUUCUUCAGCCCUCUGUGAUAGGCAUUCAAAAUUUUUUGAAGAACCUGAAGAUCCUAGCAGCAGAUCGUUUUUUUCAGAAAUAAUAUCAUCGAUAUCUGAUGUAAAAUUCAGUCACAGUGGUCGAUACAUGAUGACAAGAGACUACCUUUCUGUUAAAGUGUGGGAUCUCAAUAUGGAAAACAGGCCUGUAGAGACAUAUCAAGUUCAUGAGUAUCUUCGAAGCAAGCUUUGUUCCCUUUAUGAAAAUGACUGCAUCUUUGACAAAUUUGAGUGCUGCUGGAACGGUUCUGAUAGUGCUAUCAUGACUGGAUCUUACAACAACUUCUUUAGAAUGUUUGACCGAAACACGCGACGGGAUAUCACUCUAGAAGCAUCCAGGGAGAGCAGCAAACCUCGUGCCAUCUUAAAGCCACGUAAAGUGUGUACAGGUGGUAAAAGAAAGAAGGAUGAAAUAAGCGUUGACAGUCUGGACUUCAACAAGAAGAUUCUUCAUACAGCAUGGCAUCCCAUGGAGAACAUCAUUGCUGUAGCUGCCACCAAUAAUUUGUAUAUAUUCCAGGACAAAAUUAACUAAAGAUGACUUACUUGAGGACAGAGUCGUCGUCUUGCAUAGUUAAGCUCAUUUGUUUAUCUGUAAAAGAGAAGGCCUUGUUGUCCUACCAGUGAAGAACAUUGAUGCACUUACUUCCCUUUAGAUAAAGGAGAGGAUCUGGCCUGGUUUUUGAGUUCAUGGUGUAGUUCUGCCUUCGGUGGGGGUAGGGAACGUCAGUCACAAUUUUCUGGGAGAAACCCUCUAGAGGCAGAAUUGAUGGACAGUGCUCAAAAGGCCAAUACUCAAAACAAAUGUAUUUAUUUAAGUCUGAGCCUUCCUUUCCAGUUUAUAGACCAAAAAUUUAACACCCAAGAAGAAAAAUUGUCAUAAAAAUGUAAUUUCUAUCUCUUGCGCUCUUUCUCUGCUGUAAUAUUUGGGCCUUUCAAAACAUAUAUUGUGCUUAAUGCCUGUAAACAUUCCUCCUCUGGCCUGUAUCUAGGCUUAGGUGUUUUUACCUUUGAGCACUUAGGUAGGUCUUGAGUUGGGUUCGUAGACAGGUUUCCAUGAAUAUUUACUCACCAACUGUAUCUAUAACCACACCUUCUGGUGUAAACCACUUAAUAAAAUAACAAACUAUAAAAACUGUUUUUAAAUCUGAAGGUAUGUAUUCAGUCUUUUUAUUUUUUUAUUGCAUGUACUGAGAUUGUGCAAAAUAAUCCUGAUGGGCAGAUUUGACAAUGUUUGCCCCAAAACAUUGAUUUUUGGCAGACUAAUACAAACUUUUUUGUGUAGUAUUUCAAAUUCUAAAUUUAGAGUUUCCAUGAAAUUGUCAUUUAGUUUAAGUUGCACUGGUUUUCUUGUAACACUAUUUGUGUACCAAGUAGGAGAUUGAAAAGGUUAGUAUAAAGACAUCCACAGCCUUAAUAGAAAGUGACCACCUUGCACAGAAGGGAAAACAAAACACUGAACAGAUUUUCUUCUUUGAAGAUAAAAAUUCAGUUUAUCUGAUGCCUCUCAAUGUUAGAUAGAGACAUACCUUACGUGCAUUAUGUUUUUUAACCUUUUUAGUAUUUGUCAUGAAGAUAUAGUUUAUUUUAAAUAUUUGGCAUAAUAUAUUGUAUUUCAGAUUGCAGUUCAAGCCAGCAAAAAAAACCAAACCUUUCUUAAUUAUGCCAAGCAGCAACGCAGCUUAAUAGACUUGGGCACGUUCCGACUUUAACAUGAAGAUGUAGGAAAACACUGAGGCCACGAGCUGGUGUUAACUGCGGUUGUUGUAACUCUGUUCUUGCUAACUUUUUUUUUUUUUAAGCCUUAGGUACUUUUUUUUCCUUCCCCCCCUCCUCCUCCAAAGAGGCCUAAAAUGCAUCAACCUUCUCUUCAACCCUAGACUAGCCUGGGUGAGAAACUGUUCCUGAAGCUGUUGCAGCACAUUUUAGUAGCAUCAAGUAGCUAGACGUUACACUCUAUGAAAUGUGCCUGCAAAUUAGAAAUUCUUGCUGAAAAACAAGAUCCCCUGAGCUUCCCAGAGGCAAUACAGAAGUGUGGUUUACACUCCAUUUUUCUUAAAAUGAAGGUGUAUUAUGAUUAUGGAAUCAGAUCUGCAUAUAUAAGAGCAAAAUGUCUCUAUUCUUACCCUCCCGAUCAAUGUCCAUAGAGUGCCACUCUUGUUCACAGUAAGCUAGUAAGUACAACUAACUUUGAGGUUCUACAAAUAAAGUUUAAAUUAAAAAAAAAAAAAACCUUAUACUGUAUAUUGGUUGUGACACUAUUUGAAAAUCUUGAAAUGUGGAACUUCUGGGUCACUAAAGCGUUAGAUUUGACCUUGUUCCUAAAAUACAUAAUAGAGCUAAUACAAUGGGAUUGUACAUACUUGUUCAAUUAUUUUGACCAAAAAGUUUAAUAAAUUUUAAAUGUUUACCUG